GAUUUGUUCAACCUGGCAACGCUGUUUAGUUUGUCAUUCUUACUAAUUUUUUUUUUCUUUUGUGGCGAAGUUGAAAUUUCUGUCUAAAUUUGUUGUUCAAUUUUCAUUAUUUGAUCGAUGCGCAUUGUUUGAAAAUGGAAAGGUGGUUUAAAACAGAUAAUGAGCUUGCCAGCAGCAUGGAGUACGACCAGAUCGGAUUGUCUAGCGAAAUUAGAUCAGCGCCUGAUGCGCUUGUUAUCUCCAACGAUUUUUCUCACUGUUUGGGAGAAAAAUUGCCAUUAGAACUUUUGACAACUGAUGAAGAAGGAGUUCCAAAUAUUAUUGAGCUUGAAGUGCAGUUAGAUGACAAGUGUUUCAACACUUCUCAUGAAGAAACUGCUGUUUUGUCGACUGAGGAGACUAUUCUCUUUGAAGAAGUCCGAGACACUCCAAACAUUUUACAUCAGGAUGAAAGAGAGAACCUAAUGUCUCUACAGUCAAAAGUCAUUGAUAUUGUUGAAGAAAAGAUUAUGUUGUUAACACCACAUGAACUUGAGUCCAUGAAGGUAAGUGCUCUGGAAUCAGAUAGUGAGAAAGAGAGUCAACAAUCCAAGGUGGAAAGUGGUCCUUCUGAUUCAGUUAAUGAAGUACACAGUGAAAAAAUUCCCAAACCAAUUGUGGUUCUUCAUGAAAAUGAAACAUUGUACCUCUGCCCAUUUGAAGAAUGCUCAAAAGGUUUUUCUAAAUUAUUUAUGGCCAAAAGUCACAUUAUGACCCAUGUUGGAAUCAGACAAUUUAAGUGUGAUGCUGAAGGUUGCUCUUGGUCAUUCUUCUCAGAAUACAAGUUGAAACGUCACAAAGAAUGUCAUCAAGGGAAAAAAGACUUUGCUUGUACUGUUUGCCGAAGGAAGUUUACUACGUUGUACAACUUAAAUUCACACAAAAAGCUUCACGAUCGACCAAAUAUAUACUCAUGUUCAAUUGAGCAGUGCAGUUCAGAAUUUCAAACUCAGAGAGAGUUAGAUAACCAUUUAAAGGAGCAACAUCGAGAAGUUGAAGCACCGUAUGCUUGUCAUCACUGUAAUUGCGGAAAACGAUUCCAUUCUUUAAACGCCCUGACCACUCACCUUCGUAGUCAUACGCGUGUGGGUCCAUUAAUUUGCCAGUGGGAAGGUUGUUCCCGAUCUUUUGACAGGCCAUCUCAUUUGGAAUCACAUCUUAGAACCCAUACGGGAGAUCGUCCUUUUGUAUGUCAUUUUGAGGGCUGUGGAUGGGCUUUCCGAACGCCAAGCAAGCUUAGCCGACAUCAGCGGACUCAUAAGAAUGAACGACCAUUCAAAUGCCCACACCAGGAAUGUCAUAAAGCUUACUUGAGAUCAGAACAUCUGAAGCAGCAUCUUCUUAGUCAACACCGCGGAAUGAAAAUGUUUCGUUGUCCUGUUGAAAAUUGUGGCGCGGAAUUUACAGCAAGGAGUACCUUAUAUGUCCAUGCCAAAAGACAUAAUGUUGAUACUGCCAAUCUUACCUUCCCUUGCGAGCACCCCGGUUGCAAUAAACAGUAUUCCGGCAAAUCCAAUCUGAGGAAACACAUGGUUCGAUGCCACGGUAACCGUUCUACUCCAUGCACCGCUACCGUUUCUCCAACGGAACCUCCGGAACUGAUUAAAGUAAUUGAUCAGCCCAUUCAAAAUGACUACAUUGCAUUGCUAUUGGGAGACGACGAGGAACAGAUGUCUGCAGACCGCUCGGUCGUCACUUUCCUCGCUGUUCCGACAGACAGUUUACAGGAUACUGGAUCGGGAUCAAAUGGAGAUUCAAAUGUCUGCGUCUUACUUCAUACCGGUGGUGGAAGCCAUGAGGCCAGUACAAGUUCCACUGGUCACGCCCACAUUGUUUGGAGUUGGCAAACAAGUCCCGUGAAAACUGGAGAGGAAUGUUCCGAAUUUAGUCAGUCGACGAUUAACAUGCGGGAUUUGGAAUAAUUCGUCCUUCCUCUUGUAAAUCUAAUAUUUCAUUGGGUAUGCACAUUUUGCAUUUUUUUUUUCCGCAUAUCUUAUAACACAAGGACAAUUUUCGUCUCUUCACAAACUAUUGAAAUGAAUAUAUACUCGAUUGUCUAUUAA